AUCAUUUAUACGGGGUCAAGUGUUUUAAGGAAUAAAUACAUUGUAGGGUGUAACGGUAAUUUAAUCCCUUUACAGUGUAGAUCAUUCAUAUAGAGGAUCAGUGAUCAAAUUAGGAUUAUAAUAAUGGAUAACUAAUGAUGUGUCUAUAUGGUGGAACAUAUAGAGCAUUUUAUAUAACUGAGAGUGCAAUUCUAAGUUCUAUGCGUGGAUUCAACAAAGAAUUAAUAAGUUAGUGAAUUUUAGUAAUAAAUUCUUGAUCUACUUAUUGGAAGCUCGGUUAUGUAGACCCAUGGUCCCCGCACUAGUUGAGAUAAUAUUGCUUGUAAGACUCAUAUAAUAGGUUUUGAUUAAUCAAUUAUAAUUCUCAAAUUAGACUAUGUCUAUUUGUGAAUUUUUCACUAAGUAAGGGCGAAAUUGUAAAGAAAGAGUUUAUAGGGGCAAAUUUGUUAAUUAUGAUACUUUGUAUGGUUCAAUUAAUAAAUAUGAUAAAUGACAAUAUUAUUUAAUAAUUAUUUAUAGUUAUUAAAUAGUUAGAAUUGGCAUUUAAAUGGUUGAAUUAGAAAAUUGGCAUUUUUGAGAAAAUCAGAUGCAGAAAAGAUAAAACUGCAAAAUUGCAAAAAGUGAGGCCCAAAUCCACUGUGUAGGGCCGGCCACUUUUUUAGGGUUUUUCCCUCUGAUAUUUUCAUUAUUUUAAUGCCAAAUAAUUCAAACCUAACCCUAGUGGAAUGCUAUAAAUAGAUAGUGAAGGCUUCAGAAAAAUUACACUUAAAUUUUCUACUUUUUUAUUCAGAAAAAACUGAGCCUUCUCUCUCCCUAUCUUUGGCCGAACCCACUCUCUCUCUCUCUUCCUCAUUGAGAUUUCAAAAUUCUUAGUGUAUGAGUAGUGCCCACACACAGCAAGUGAUACCUCAAUCAUAGUGAGGAAGAUCGUGAAGAAAGACUUUCAGCAAAAAGGAGUUUCAGCAUCAAAGAUUCAGAGAAAGAGAUCCAGGUUCAGAUAUUGAUAAUGCUCUGCUACAAAAAGGAAUCAAGGGCUAGAUAUCUGAACGGAAGGAUUCAUAUUAUUCCGCUGCACCCAAUGUAAGGUUUCCUAAACUUUAUAUGUGUUUAUUUCAUCGUUUUAGAAAGUUCAUAUUUAGGAUGUUAAUAAACAUACUUGUGAGUAGAUCUAAGAUCGUCGUAAAAUAAAUUCCGACAUAUGAUGAAGAAUGUGAAUUCAUUGAGGCUUGGGGGAACAUGCUUGGGAAAUAUAAUCUUAAAAAUAAUGAAUGGUUGGCACAACAGUUCAAACUGAAGGAGAAAUGGGCUUUGGUAUAUGGAAGAGAGGCUUUUUGUGCCAAUAUGACUACUACUCAACGAAGUGAAAGCAUGAAUAAUGUACUUAAAAAGUAUUUAGCUAUCAACACACUAUGUUGCGGUUUUUUCAACAUUUUGAGAGGUUGAUCAAUGAUCGUCGUUAUGAAGAGUUAAAAGCAGACUUUAAAGUUAGUUAACGUAAUUUAGCACCAUCACUUCCAAUUAAAAUUUUGAAUCAUGCAACAACUGAAAACACCCCUACAGUGUUGAGAAUGUUUGAAGUUGAGUUUUCAAAGGCUUAUAACUGUGCGAUGGAACUUCGUAUUGAGCAAGGAGCAGUUACAGAAUAUAAGCUUACUCCAAAUGGUAAGUAUUUUCACCACAUAGUUAAAUAUGACUCAUCUGUUAAUACGGUGAUAUGUAGUUGCAAGAAAUUUGAGUUUGCAGGAAUAUUGUGCUCACAUAUCCUUAAGGUUUUCUCAUUUCAUAAUGUUGUGAAAAUACCAUCUCAAUACAUUUUAAAGAGGUGGACAAAGUAUGCAACGAUGGGAGUUACAAGUAGUACACCUGAGAUAAGACAAAGAGAUGAUCCUAAAGUAUCUUUGGCAUUAUAUUAUCAAGAUUUAUCCAUGUCUUACAAUCAUAUUGUAACAAGGGCAUCAACAAGUGAAAAAACCUAUAAACUUGCAAGAGAUGUUUUUAAAAGACUUUCAGAAGAUGUUGAUGCAUGUUUGAAAGAAGAAACAUUUCAAAGCAAAGAUGAGAAUCAUACAGCCAAUGAAAUUAAUACAACAAUAAAAGGUAUAAAAUCAAAUAACAAGAGAGUUCGUGGUAGUUCUUCACGUCCAAAGAGUGCUCUUGAAAAAAUGCGGAAGAAGACCAAAGUCUCCAAAAGAAAUUCAUCUACAAAACAUGUUUCACAAGACUUUAACAACAAUGAUCAAGUCAAUAGUUAUAUACCACUCUCUCAAUCAGACUUGUCAUUCUCCGCACCAUCAUUUAAUCAUAAUCAUAUUAAUGAUACACCUGAAAUUUUAAACGUAAGAGCAAGCAUGACCGAAUUACUUUUACAGGUAUAUUGAUUUCUUUUUUUGAAAGUAUUGAUUUUAAUUAAUUAUGUAUGAUAUAU